AACACCGUUACACGCGCACAAAUGAGGGAGGGUCUAGACGCGCUCCUCUCGUGCUGCUGUGUUCUCAGUUUCAUUGAGUUCAUCCGAAACUAAACUGAAGUUCAGUUUAACUCAUUUAAAUUUUUCUCUUUUCCUUUUUCUUUUUUUUUUUUUUUUUUUAGUGUCUUCUCAAAGGCACUUUUUCGUUGUAAACCUCCUCGUGGGCUGCCGUGGGUUUAUGCGCGAGAGGCGCAACAGGAGGUUUUUGAAGGCUUGUCACUGAGGAGGAUAUAACUGGCGCUACUUCAACAUAGAACCGGCUCUUUCUGAUUUUUAUCCAUCCAUCUGGCACCGGCAUCGUGUGGACCUGAGGUCUGACCCGGGAAAGGCUCCCAGCCCUUCUGUCUGAGCGGUAACAUCCGAACCCUGCCCAUCAUGAGCCGCUCAGUGGUUGGCGUAUGUUCACGUCUGGGCCUGGUCCUGACUCAGGUCCUGGUUCUGGUUCAGGUUCAGGUCCGUCCUGCUGCAGGUUACAGUCUGGAUCAGGACCACAGUCUGGAGUUCACGGGUCCCUCCUCCUCCAUGUUUGGCUACUCGGUCCUGCUGCAUCGACACGGCACUCACAGCUGGUUGGUGGUUGGAGCUCCAGUGGCGAACUCGUCCACCAGUCCGCACGUUCAAUCUCCAGGAGCCGUUUUCCGCUGCGGCAUCACCCCGGAUCCCCAGAGAUGCCACAACAUGCAUGCAGAAGUGCAAAGCUGCGGGAAGACGUGUGAAGCAGAGAGUGAUCACCAGUGGCUGGGAGUCAGUCUGUCCAGACAACCUGGAGAAAACGGGGGACACGUCCUGGCGUGUGCUCACCGCUGGAAGAACGUCUUCUACUCAAAGAAGGACAAUAUGAACAACAAGCUGCCUAAUGGGGUCUGUUAUCGCUACAGCGACGACCUGAGAUCCCCCCAACCCCUCAUCCCCUGUUACAAAGACCACCAGAGAAAGUUUGGAGAACAUUAUGGAUCAUGUCAGGCGGGUAUUUCCAACGUCCUGACAAAGGAUCUGAUCAUCAUGGGAGCACCAGGGACGUCUUAUUGGACAGGGUCUGUUCUGGUCUUCAACACGUCCGGUGGUGGAAUGUCCGUCUACCUGGAUGAUGAGAACGGAGCCGUCAGCUUUGGAAGCUACUUGGGUUAUGCAGUCGGAGCCGGUCAUUUCCUGAGUCCUGAUUCUGUCGAGGUUGUAGGUGGAGCUCCACAAUACAACCAGAAGGGAAAGGUCUUCAUCUUCUCCAUUGACGGCAACAUGCUGCGGGUCAUCUCCCAGGUGGCUGGAAAAGAGCUCGGAUCGUACUUCGGCUCCAGCCUUUGUGUGGUGGACCUGAACGCUGACGGUUUGUCAGACCUGUUGGUCGGCGCUCCCAUGGCGACAGGCGUCACCAGAGAGGAAGGAAGAGUCCAUGUGUACAUCAACCAGGGGCAGGCAGAUCUACAGGAGAUGGAGUUUCAGCUGACUGGUAGUGACGCCUAUGCCGCCCGCUUCGGAGAAACCAUCGCUGACCUGGGAGACCUGGAUGAUGACGGGUACCCAGAUGUGGCCGUCGGUGCACCACAGGAGGACGACCUCAAAGGGGCGGUUUACAUCUACAACGGCAGGAAGGACGGCAUCUCACCAACUCCUUCACAGAGAAUUACUGGAUCCUCUCUGGGUCGUGACCUCAGGAUGUUCGGUCAGUCUCUGAGUUCCGGUAUCGACAUCGAUGAUAACGGCUACCAGGAUGUGGCGGUUGGUGCUUUCCUGUCAGACUCGGCCGUGGUGCUGAGGACCCGUCCCGUGAUCCAGGUGAAGGCGUCUCUGACGCUGCCGGACCAGAUUGACAGGGAGGUGGCGCUGUGCCGCGAGCACAACGCUCCGACUGUCUGCUUCAACGUCACCAUCUGCUUCAGCGUCCGAUCCAAACAGUUCAGAGGAGCCAUAGAUCUUCAAUAUAAUUUGACCUCAGACCUCCUCCAUAAACCGUCCUUCCCUCAUCGUUUCUAUUUCCACGGUAACGGGUCAUCCAAUAGCACAAGGGGGCGCGUGAGGGCACGACUUGGUCAACUCACUUGUGCAACCCAUGUGGCUUAUCAAAGGAAAGACGUGAGGGACAUUUUCACUGCGGUUCAGUUCGAGGUUUCCUACAGUCUCAGAGAAACCCAAACCCACAGAAGCACUUCCAAAGGCUUCCCUCCAAUAAAACCGAUUCUGCAGCAGGGCGCAGGACUCCACAACACCAUCACCAACCAGACCUGGUUCGCUCGUUCCUGCUCUUUAGUGAACUGUUCGACCAACAUGCAGCUGAAAACGCAACUCGUUCUGCCAGAUGAGCAGGAUUACUUUGCUCUGGGAUCUGGACAAACCAUCACCCUGAAAACCACGCUGGUGAACGCCGGAGACGACGCCUUCCUGCCGCGACUGACUCUUCGAUUCCCGGACAACAUCCACUACGUUAAAGUGCUGCAGAACAAAGACAACGUGGUCAGUUGUGACGUCACACUGGAAGCCAACACUACAAUCGUGGGUGUGGACUGUAGCGUCACCAGCCUCCAGCUGCCAGCCAACUCCCAGCUGGACAUCAACUUUUUAUUGGACGUGAACCAGAACAGCACACCUGGAGACAUCCUCAUCCGCCUCAACACCAGCAGCGACAACUACGAGAACAAGGAGUAUUUCCAGGACAACUCCGUCAGCCUCAUGCUUCGUCUCAAAUACGGAGUCAACGUCAACAUCCACGGUUUUGUGACUCCCACCUCUUUUGUGAUUGGAGAUGAAGACUUGACUCCAGCUGACUGCUUCUCUGAGAGAUUCAACUACACAUACAAGGUGUUGAACUCUGGCCCCAGCCGGUCCGUAGACACCGUGGUUGACAUUAUGCUGCCGAAGACGCUCACGCCUCACCAGCACCGACUGCUGCGGCUGCUCGACUGGCAGACGACUCACGGCGUCUGUUCCAUCAGUCCCACGACUAUUCCAGUCAUCGAUGACUGCGACGUCCCUCAUGCUUCCUACAUCCAAGAGCUCAUCUUCUUCUUCUCGUCCGCCUCCAAGCGCAGAAUGUUUUGCGGCCGCCGCGAUGAGCUGUGUGAGCGGCUGGUGUGUCGUCUUGGUAACCUGGAGGUGGGGAAAGAUGUCACCAUCCAGCUGGAGAUCAGUCUGAACCCUACGGUGCUGAUGCAAGCUCCGGGUCGUCACCAUAUGAUGACGCUGGAGAGCACAGCAGUGAUGUCCUCCCCCAAACAAGACCAUCACACCAUCCUCAUCCAGGAUCAACCCGUAGCAAAUGUUGUGGUGGAAGCCAUUUUUACCCAGAAACCCUCGGCUGCAGUGAAGAUCUUCAUCAUUGUCAUCAGUUUAGUUUUGGGGCUGAUAAUCCUGGGAGUUCUAAUUUGGUGUCUGUACAAGCUUGGUUUCUUUAAGAGAGGCUACCAGACAAACGAGGAGGAGGAGGAGGAAGAGUUAAAGAGAGACAGCUGGGACUACGUUCCCAAGAACGACAAAAGAGAGAGCACUUCCUAACCCCCGGACCGUGACCUCGGACCCAUAUGUGGAGCAGCAAUUUUUAUAAAAGACGCGGCCGUGAGCGCUGCAGACGUCUGGAGGACAUCAUCAGACGUUUGAGUGCGGCGGAUGAAUUUUAAAACUAUCGUUCCUGAUGUGACUUCACAUAAAAAAAAAAAAAAAAGACUUGGCGGAUGAAGGGUUGAUGAAAAGGGAAGUGAACCUGAGUCGGUCGGAUCCAGACCAAUCAGAAGAGCUCGGUCACACCGCCUGCUGUUCCUGAUGACCUCCAUUUUGACUCUGUUAAGAGGAAACGAACCAAAGAAAGCGGCUUUCUGAUUAUCUCGGGGAUUGAAACCUGGUUUCUGAUUGGCUCAUUACUUUGGGAAACCUUCCUUCCGUCCGUCUACAUUAUCUUCUACAUUUUCUUCACCUGCUGACCGACACACGCACCGAGCAGACUCGCUUUUUGUUGCAUCAUUUGACGCUCGUGGGAAACUCCAGAUGUUGUCUGGACGGAAGGCGACUUCCACUGUGGGAUUUGUUUACGUCCCGGUCUAAUCAGCAUUUACAGUCAGUUUAUUCCAGAGGAGCCGCACAGUUUUGUGUCAAACUCAACAAUAAUGAGCCGUCUUGGAAGGAAACUGAGGCUUAGAGAGUCGCCGUCGUCCUGAUAAAUGAUAAGAGAACUUGUUAGAUGGAAAAAACGAAGAAGGAGUAAACAAGACCCAAGACAAGGCAUGAUCCCGACUGGCUAAUGUGUUAGCGGUUAGCUCUGUGAAGUCCAGUGGGAUGAUGUCAGUAUAGGGACAAGAAGGAGCCAGAAGACAGUUAUAGACGCUCUGAUAGUAGAGACAGAAGCUUUGAUGUUCAGGCUCAGGGUGGCGCUGAUAAUAAUCGAGAAAAUGCACUUGGACCUGAAAAGACUUUUGCCUAACGAGGAAGAAAUUACGUAGAAUGUUUUUAUGAUCCAACCACCAUUGCACAGCAGAAAUCAUGCGACAUUAAUAUUAUAAUCAGAAGAAAAACAGUUUCCACAACCAAAUAUCUUGAAGAUGUCCAGAGAAAUGUGCUGCUCUGUUGUUUCUGGCUCUGUCUAAAGAAACCAUGAUGAUAACCGUAGUGCCAACAUGUGUAAACGUUUGUCCUGUGAAUGUUGUGUAAUUAUAUGAAUAAGACAUUUUAUUUAUAGAGCAUAUAUCAGAUAACGCUCCAGAGCAGCAGAGCGAGCAGUGAACGGAGCCACAGGGUUGACAGACGGACGACUACUUGAAAUCAGUGUUUUUAAAAAUGUUUGGUAAAAAAUGUCUUAAAAGCACUGUUUUAAAUGUCUGUCUUCUGUGAACGCAGACACUUAUGAUUAGAUUAGAUUGAUGCCUUAUUUAAAAACAGCUCGUCCCCUCUGUUUUAUAUUUAGUAGGAAUGCACAUCACUCAGACAAGUAUUUUGAUGUUUUAAUAAAACUGUUGUUUUUGUUGUUGUGAACUUGUUCUGCACUGGAGAAUCUCACUGCUUUUAUCAACACUUUUCUAUUAAAAUAAAAGAUUUUCUAUUUAAACAA